AUGGCGCAUGCGCAGCCGGCGCCGCUCUCCUGGCAGAGCCUCGCGGAGAGCGGGCGGCUCGCCCGCGCGCUUGACAGGGAGAGCGCAGCCGCCCCGCACGUCCGAAAGCUCCGCCUCACCCUCGAGCCCAAAGCUGAGCCGCACACGCUGCGGCUCAAAAUGCCGUGCGACUGUGGGAGCUGCAUCGUCAAGGCGCAGAUGAAGGCGGGCGCCUCCUGCCUGGUGCUGGUCUGGAACGAGGAGAAGCAGAAGUGCUCGCUCCGCCUCAAAGAGCUCGCGGACGCCGCCGCGCCAAGCGAAGGGCCGCCUGCGCCCGCCGCCGGCGUUGCGGCUGCAGAAGCGGUCACUCAAGCGGCGGCAAGCACUGCCACUGCCGAGGCGGUGGGCGGCGAGGGCGGCGAGGGCGGCGAGGGCGGCGAGGGCGGCGAGGGCGGCGAGGGCGGCGAGGGCGGAGAGGGCGGCGAGGGCGGAGAGGGCGGAGAGGGCGGCGGCGGCGACGAGGAGGCCGGCGGUGGCGGAGACGGCGGCGGUAGCGGUGGCGAGGCCGCGCUGCCGGGAAGUAGCGCAGCGUGUCCAAUGGAGUUGGACAGCGACGACGAGCCGGAGCCGGCGGCCGCGACCGAGCCUGCGGCCCCCGCGGUGGAGAGCGAGCAGAGCCCGCCCCUGAUGGCGCCCGCGGCGCUGGCGGCAGGGGCAGACGAGCUAGCGCCGCUGGAGGAGGGAGCGGCGCCGCCGGCGGAGGAGGCGGAGGCGCCUGUGGCGGAGGAGGCGGAGGCGCCCCUGGCGGAGGAGGCGGAGGGCUUGCGUCUUCAUUUGUCUAGCAGCAGCAGUAGUGGCUACAAGGGGGUGCACAAGGACUCGCGAAACGGCCGCGUCAGCUUCUACGCGCAGCACAGUGUGGGCGGAGGAAGUGUCCCACUAGGCCGCUUCGCCACGGCGGUGGAGGCGGCGGUGGCGUACGCGCGGGCGGCUGGCGAGUACCAGCCUCAGCCUCCUCCGGCGGUGGCGACAGAGGCGGAGGGAUUGCGCUUGCACCUCUCGAGCAGCAACGCCACCGGCUACAAGCACGUGUACAAGGACUCGCGAAACGGCCGCUUCUACGCGCAGCACAGGGUGCACAAAAGGCAUGUCUCGCUCGGCUUCUUCAAGACGGCGGUGGAGGCGGCGGUGGCGUACGCGCGCGCGGUCAGCGAAGCGCCGGAUGCGGGUUCGGCGGUGGCAGCAGCAGCAGGGCAGGCGUCGGCGGCACCGCUACCGUUGGGUGAGGCGGCAGAAGGCGCAGCCGCUGCCGAGCCGGUGGUGGAGGAGGCGGUGGUCGCGGCGGCGGCGGCAGGGGCAGAAGAGCCGGCGCUGCUGGAGGAGAGAGCGGCGGCGGCGGCGGAUGCGGCGGCAGCUGAGGCGCCUGUGGCGGAGGUAGCGGAGGGCUUGCGUCUGCAUUUGUCCAGCAGCAGCAUCACGGGCUACAAAGGCGUGUACAAAGACCACGGCCGCUUCCAGGCGCGGCACAGGGGGGAAUCCCUCGGCGCCUUCGACACGGCGAUGGAGGCGGCGGUGGCCUAUGCGCAAGCGGUCGGCGAGUACCAGCCUCCGGCUCCUCCGACGGUGGCGACAGAGGCGGAGGGCUUGCGUCUGCACCUCUCCAGCAGCGGCGGCACCGGCUACAAGGGCGUAUACAAAGACCACGGCCGCUUCCAGGCGCGGCACAGGGUGGGUGGAAGGCUGGUCUCCUUCGGCACUUUCGACACGGCGGUGGAGGCGGCGGUGGCGUACGCGCAGGCGGUCGGCGAGGCGCCGGAGCGCGGCUGCUGCUCUUCCGCCGCCGCCGUUGCCAGGGGCAGCGGCGCCCGGCCCCGCCCAGCAAAGCGCCCGCUCGAGCCGACCGACGCGCCGCCGCCGAAGCGGCGCUCAAGCCGCGCUGCCGCCGCCGCCCCCUCGGCUGCCUCCUCCUCCUCCACCCCUCCCGCCGCCUCCUCCUCUUCCUCCACCUCCGCCACCGCCACCACCGCCCCCACCGCCCCCACCGCACUGGCCGCGUCCACCAGCGCCACCCGCACCGCCGCCUCAACCUCCACCGCCGCCGCCUCCGCCCCCUCCUCCUCCACCGCCGCCCCUGCCGGCCCCUCCCCGCUCUCGAGCCGCCUGUUCACGACCACGCCGGACGGGCGCACCGUGCUGAGGGAGACGCCCCCUCCGCCCACGGGCGGCAUGGCGGCCGUCGCCGCGGCGCUGGCGCAGGUCAACCUGCAGGCCUACGCCGCCGCCUUUGACGCCGAGGGCUACGACGACAUCGCGUUCUUGCGCGGACUGGACGCCGCCGAGCGGGCGGACGUGGCCAAGGAGACGGGGAUGAAGCCCGGGCACGCGGGCAGGUGCUGCAACAACGACCCAAACAACCUGCCCGAGGUCAACAAGACGCGCUGCGUCGCGAUCGCCGUCAUGGUCUUUGGCGUCAUCUCUUGCCUCGGCUUCCUCGUGCCGUUGAUCAUAUUUGGGCCCGUCGUGAACUCAUUCAGCUCGGAGGUCCAGAAGCUCGCCGUGGCGAGCUUGUGCUUCUCCCCGCCCACCAGCGCCAAGACGUGCACCUCUGUGAUGAAGGAUCCGUCGAUGGUGCGACGCGAGCGAGCAGGUUGA